AUGCAUCGUAUAUUUGUAUUACUUGGAGGUCUUCUACUUUUUACUAUUAUUGACUUUAAUUCAGCAGUAAGACAUCAUCGAAAUCGUGGCGAUCGGAAUGAACAGGAAUCCUUACUUGAUAAACUUGACCGUGAAAGUGAUAAAAAAGAUCGAAAACGUGAUGAAGAUAAAAAGGAAGUAAAUCGUACUAUAUCAUGUUAUAAAUGUGAUGGCGAUCAAUGUACUGACCCAUUUAUAGCAGCAGAUUCUGUACCAUUGGUACAAUGUGAACAUAGUUGUUGGAAAGGAACUUUUGCUUCAAGCGUUCGUCGGUCAUGUGGAAAUAAGCGCUGCACAUUUACAUUUCAAGGAGGUUCAGCUAUAAGCAAUACGUGCUGUGAAACAUCUCUUUGUAACAAUACUCAUAUGAAAAUACCAUCGAUUAUGAUUUUCAUUUUUUCAUUUCUUAUCGGUGUUGCAACAAUCUAA